AUGAAUAUAAUAGUGCAAUGAGCCUUUCUUCCAGAGGUACUAAAGCUCCCUUGAAUGAAAGGCUGCUGGUCAUGAGAUGCUUUGGGAGCCCGUUCCAUUGCUUUUUAGACCUAGUUUAAAUUUUUCUGCCACAUUUCCUGCUCAGUUCUUAUUCAUACCUCCUUCUGAUCCUAGGGAACCUGGAAGUGGGAGAAACACGACGAGAAGGAACCUCUUUCUGGAGCUAUAAAAGACAAAGAGAAGAAUCAUGUCCAUGAUUGCAGCUUUCUAUAGUGGCAAGUCCAUUCUCAUUACUGGGGCCACAGGCUUCAUGGGCAAAGUGUUGAUGGAGAAGCUAUUUCGCACCAGCCCUGACCUGAAAGUCAUUUACAUCCUUGUGAGGCCCAAGGCUGGCCAGACAACGCAGCAGAGGGUUUUCCAGAUCCUAAAUAGUAAGCUGUUUGAAAAAGUCAAAGAAGUUUGUCCAAACGUGCAUGAGAAGAUCAGAGCUAUCUAUGCCGAUCUCAAUCAGAAUGACUUUGCCAUCAGCAAGGAGGACAUGCAGGAGCUUCUCUCCUGUACAAACAUUGUCUUCCACUGUGCAGCCACCGUGCGCUUUGAUGACCAUCUGAGACAUGCCGUGCAACUUAAUGUCACUGCUACCCAGCAGCUCUUGCUCAUGGCCAGUCAGAUGCCAAAGCUGGAAGCCUUCAUACAUAUCUCUACUGCCUUUUCAAAUUGUAACCUGAAGCACAUCGAUGAAGUCAUCUAUCCAUGCCCUGUGGAGCCAAAAAAAAUCAUCGACUCCAUGGAGUGGUUAGACGAUGCUAUUAUUGACGAGAUCACACCCAAGCUGAUCGGGGAUCGGCCCAAUACUUACACGUACACCAAGGCCUUGGGAGAGAUGGUGGUGCAGCAGGAGAGUGGGAACCUAAACAUUGCCAUCAUAAGGCCCUCCAUUGUGGGGGCAACCUGGCAGGAGCCUUUCCCGGGUUGGGUUGAUAACUUAAAUGGACCUAGUGGGCUCAUUAUUGCGGCUGGUAAAGGGUUUCUUCGGGCCAUAAGAGCUACUCCGAUGGCUGUGGCAGAUUUAAUUCCCGUUGAUACAGUCGUCAAUCUCACCUUGGCUGUAGGAUGGUACACAGCAGUUCACAGGCCUAAGUCAACAUUAAUCUACCACUGUACAUCUGGUAACCUCAAUCCUUGUAACUGGGGCAAAAUGGGAUUCCAAGUCUUGGCAACCUUUGAAAAAAUCCCAUUUGAGAGAGCUUUUAGGAGGCCAUAUGCUGACUUCACAACCAACACCAUCACAACCCAGUACUGGAAUGCAGUCAGCCACCGGGCUCCUGCCAUCAUAUAUGACUUCUAUCUGAGGCUCACGGGAAGGAAGCCCAGGAUGACAAAGGUCAUGAAUCGGCUUUUAAGAACAGUUUCCAUGCUGGAAUAUUUUGUCAACCGGAGUUGGGAAUGGAGCACGUACAAUACGGAAAUGCUAAUGUCUGAGCUGAGUCCUGAAGACCAGAGAGUAUUCAACUUUGAUGUGCGCCAGUUGAACUGGUUGGAAUAUAUUGAAAAUUAUGUUUUAGGAGUUAAGAAAUACUUAUUGAAAGAGGAUAUGGCUGGGAUCCCAGAAGCAAAACAACAUUUGAAAAGGCUCCGAAAUAUACACUACCUCUUUAAUACUGCCCUCUUUCUCAUCGCCUGGCGCCUUCUCAUUGCAAGAUCUCAGAUGGCUCGGAAUGUCUGGUUCUUCAUUGUGAGCUUCUGUUAUAAAUUCCUCUCCUACUUUAGGGCAUCCAGCACGCUUAAGGUCUAAGAACAUUUGACAAGCUCCUUUCACCUGGAACCUCUUGGAUACCUCUAAAACAGCAAACUGUGGUUCUCAAGAUUAAGAAGUAACAAAGAAUAUGCCCCAAGCUCAUUACCUGUCCAAUGUGUUGUCAUGUAUUCAUCCCUGUUUCUUACCUAUAUAUUGUUUUUAUUUCAGUGAAAGAAGGAAAGUCAUAUCCUAGCCUAUAAUCAUAUCUAUCUUAGGAAAAAUUAUUUCCAGAUUGCUUCCUAACAUUCUAUACUGUGCCCUUGAAUAUAAAACACCAAAAUACACUUAUCUGUCCAUAUUUAGGUUUUUUCUCGAGAGGACUAAUUUUGACUCCAUGAACAUGGAAGAACACAUGGUAGAAGCUAAAAUAUGCUAAAGAAAGGCAGUUCUAACCUUGGAACCAUUCUGGGGUUCUAAGAUUAAGUUGAGGAGGAAUGAUCUUCGCAUCCUCAGAAAUACUGUAAAAGAAAUCAUUCUCCACUGAAAUCUCAGCUUCCUGUGUUAUACCAUGGAGAGCUGAUUGAAGGCUGGGGGAAAUUGGAAAAGUAAGUUCACAUUUAGCACCUCCAUCAACUACACCCACUUCUGAAAUCUAAAAAAAAAAAAAAAAAACAAAAAACAAAAAACAAAAAAACAAAACCCAAAGCACAAGGUCUAAAUAAUUAUGUGUAGAAUAUACAUAUUUGAUGUAGACUAUACACCAAGCAUAUUUGCAUCGGGACUGCUUAUUAUUCUUUCAAGUAAAAUUAGUUGUCGUAAUUUGAAUCUGACAACUAUUAUUUCUAAAUCUUUUGAAUCAUCCAUUUUCCUGAUAACACCUCAAGAGUUUCCUUCUUGUUCACUGAAGUCACUAAACCCCUUAUAUUUAAGCUUAUUUUGCUCAGGCCUCAGAGUGACUGAUGGGAGAAAGGAACUAGGCUAGAAUCAUUAAAAACAAAAACAAAAAACAACAGUCCCCUGAUCUCUGCCUGGGAGGAAAGCAAAAUUUCAAACAUAAAUGUAAAUGCUAGUUUUAGUCUUUUUCUGCAAAGUAGGGAAGAUUACCCUUCUCUGAUCAUCAGGACUUUGUAGUAUCUUGAUCAUUCCAAUUGCACAAUGUUAACUGUACAAUGUACAGCAGAAGAGGAUAGACUUCACUAAGUGACUGUCAACUUAGAGACUGGGUAUUGUUUUGUUUAAAAAUAUUUUAUGUAUAAUAUCAAUGAAUUAGUAAAAACUAUAUUUAUUCUCAAAUUCCUAUAUUAAUAAUAUAACUGUUAUCCCAACUUUCCUCAUAUUUGAGAGAUCUGUGUAUGUUGGAUUGGAGCAUUUCAUGUUAAAAACAUGGAAUAUUAUUCAAAUACGGUAUUUGGGGCCUAAGCAACUAAAAAUAAUCACAACUACUAGAAAACUACAAAAGCAUAAAAUGGUAAGGCAGUUAUGCUUAUGCUCACUUUCCAGAAUAAUUAGUAAUACUCAAGAAAGCGCACAUGGUUGCAGUGCACAAGGCUUGAGGGCAGCUUCUAGUCCAGUAUUACUAGAGAUUUUUUGAACACUAUAAAGGGCAUUUAGGGGAACACUUCUGGGCAAUGUCUUUUCCAAUCUCAUUUAAGGUCUGGGAACUUCUUUCCAGGGCAGACAAACCAGCUCUGAAACAAAGCACUUGGUGAUCUUUAGUUUGAGAUGUCUAUAUGAUACUUCUGAGUUACAUUAAGAUACAAACUGCAGAUAGGAUAAAAAUGAAAUCAAGAUAUAACUCAUUGAGAUUGGAUAAAACAAUUAUUCUAAGAAUUUACUAUCUUUUGAUUGUUUCACCAAUUCCAUAAAUUCUACUGAUUAAGUAUUCAUUUUAAUUUUUGAUUAAAUGAAAGUUUGAAUUAAAAAAAUGUUUUCCUCU